AUGAAAGUGAAUCAUGUCGCCAACACCUACAGUUGCUUCCUCUUCAUUUUAUGUCGUUUUCUCUUCGCAUACAGUGUGGCCGAGUUAUCAAAUUUCAAGAAUUCUUACUCGGAUGGAUAUUUUUUGUUUGGUAAUCCGGUGCCUUUUCGUCGCCAUCAAUUAAACUCUUCAUCAAACAUAUCUUACGAAGUUGAAAGCGAAGAGGAAUGUCUUUUAGGAUGUAUCAACACUUCAAACUGCCAGUCUGUGAAUUUCAAGAUAGCCGCUGGGAAUGAUGGAAGGUUUCUCUGUUAUUUACUAGACACUGAUAAGUUUACCUUCCCGCAAUUAUUCAAUGUGAGCGGAGAUUUUCACCAUUACAGCUUCACGUCCCCUUGCCAGAACGAUCCAUGUUUGAACGGAGGGACCUGUUACUCAGUGAGAGGCCAGUAUGACUUCAAAUGCACCUGCCCGCCGGGUCUACAAGGAAAACUUUGCAACAUCUCAUAUCAAAGCUGUAUCGAAUUACUCAACGCUGGAUAUAUUCUGAGUGGAGUUUACGUCAUCAAGCCUAGCCAGUCAGAAGGGUUGAUAAGUGUCUACUGUGACCAGUUCAGUAGAGGAGGAGGUUGGACGAUGGUUUUUAAACUGGUGUCCGGCGUUUCCACUAUUCCUCACCAGCUAUGGACAUCGUCGAGUGUUUUGAACGAAGACAAACCAGAAGCACUGACCACCAAUUCAGAUUUAAAAGCUCAUUACAAGAACCGCAUGGUGACGAACUGGCAGACUGUGAACCCUACCGAGGCACGAGUGGCGCUGUACACAGAAGGGAAAGAAGAUCUUUCUAUUGUCUUCAAUUCUACAAGCUCUAACAACGUCAAUUGGUUCUCAGAAACUCGCGUCACUGACUCUCCCUGGACAGAUCUCAAUACUGAACCGCUUCUUUACUUCUCAAUCGAAGGCUGCUGUACUAAAAGAGACUUCUAUAUCGUCAGGAACCAUGGAGGCUGUUCUGAAGAUGCAGGUUGGCUCGCCACAGCUUCCGCAAAUUGUGACUGGGAGGGAAAAUAUCCGGAAUCAACCACAUUGUACAGUAAACUGACGACCUAUACUUCCUUCAAACGCACAGAAAACAUGGGCACCGCUGAUGUUAUGGUGGUAUAUAUUCGUUAAGCAACGAUAAUGUGUCUUAAAUCUGCAGUUCAGCACGUUUACAAGUCUCAGAGUUAAACUGCAAAGAAACUUUGCCUCCACCUUAGUUCAAAGCUAGAUUAUAGUAGGAUAUAUACUCCAGAAUCCACAGA